CUGAGAGCAUAUGAGACGCAUCAUGGAAGUUCUUUACUCCUUGUUGAUCAUUUUUUUUAUGGCUGACACCUGCUGCAGCCAGACGUGCAAGAAUGCAAAUUGGUGGCAUACUUUUGACCGAGAGGGAUGGUCUUAUUGUGACUCCGAAAAUCAAUACAUAACUGGUCUUUGGAGGAAUGAUAACAAGGGGUCAAAUGAUGGUAUCUAUCUCAUAGAGCAUGCUAAGUGUUGUUUCGCCCCUUACGGAGUACAUGCGCAAGACAUACCAGCAUCCUGCAAGAAAGCCAAUUGGUGGAAAGUUCUUGAUGGCACCAACAAGUGGGCAACCUGUCCUGAUGGAUACUUCAUGGGAGGUCUUUAUAGGACAGGGAAACACCAUUGGCUGCAUAACAUCGAAGAGGCUCGAUGCUGUAAGCCGGUGGGGUUGCCAGAAAAAUAUGCAGAUUGCUAUGAUGAGAAUGUUUGGAGCUCGUUUGAUGGUAAAGGACUUAGCGAGUGCAAGCGAAAGGGCUACUACAUGGCUGGAAUAUUUAGAGGGGAAUGUGACAAGCUGUACUGUCUUGAGAAGUUUAAAUGUUGUCGAAUGAUAGAAAUUGAAGGCACGCACAAUCAAGCAGAUGAAACAGGCAAAGAGUGAUUCUCAAAAACCAGAUUCGGCGUGCGGUAGAGGCAAGGUGAUGGGUUAGAUGGAAAUUUUAAAGUUUUAAACGCAUGUCGAUUGUAGGGAAACAAUAUUACGUGGCAUCAACAAUAAAGGCAUUGUUACCUCUACUUUCCCC